AUGGAACCGGAGCCAACCCUUGGCGCUCUCCUCAAGGCUAUUGCAGCCCUCACCACACAAGUUGGGUCCCUCCAGGACCAAAUCAAGUCUCAAGGCAAGCAAAUCACUCAGCUUGUUGCCAUAUGCAAGGAGACCAACAACCUUGUUGGAGACAAGGACCAGGGCGGAGCCCAAACCAAGCCUGGCCCAUCAACUGGGCCUAUCACCCCUCCUACCCACUCAGGAGGGGAAACCCACACUCCAGGCACAGUUAGGCCUGGACUCAAGGCCCCGUUCCAACCCUCUAGAGGUACGGGUUUCAACUCCAAGGAUGAAGAGGAACCAAGGCACCCAAAAAAGGAGCCUCAAGGAAUGCCUAGAAGGCACUUGGGGUCCCUCACCCCCUUUGACGCAGGGUCCAGCGUGAAACAACCCAAGAUGGACCUCCCCAACCCCUAUAAGGGUGACACCAGGGGACAAAAGGCCACUCAGUGGCUUGAUUGGAUGAUGCUAUGGGUAGCCCUCCAUUGCAAUCAGUUUGACAAGGAGGAGCAGAUGGUGGUGUGGAUUUUAUACCACAUGACAGACAAGGCCGCCAACUGGGCCCUCCCCAUCAUUGGGAAUAUCAUCAAGGGCAAGGGUAAUCCUCCUACCACUAUCCAGGCCCUAAUGGCCAAAUUCAAGGAGGCUUUUGCCAACCCCAAUGCCAAACGGGCUGCCGCCAGAAAAAUUGCGGCUCUCUCCCAAACCACCACCACCUCCAAGUACAUCACGGAGUUCCGCAACCUUAUGGUGGAAUUAGACUGGAACAAGGAGGCUUACAUUGCGCAGUUCACGCAAGGCCUCCACUGGAAGGUCAAGGAAUUGUUGUCCACCAAAGACAAUAUUCCUGACAAACUCAAGGCAAUUUUUGCGGCCUCCAUAAAAAUAGAUAAUACUUGCCGCAAAAACAAGGAAAACCGCCCCAAAAAGGCACCUGCCAAGUCCCCGGUCUCUACGGCCACCACUUCCACCACCACUACUCAACGGGUCCGUUUAUUGGAGGACCCUAAUUACGUAACUCCAGAAGAAAGGUACUGCCGGCGCGCCUUGGGACUCUGUGUCAAAUGCAGCCAGAAGGGCCAUGGCAUCAAACAAUGCCCCAAUGUCUGGAAGGCCACAAUCAAGGAGGCUGCCAAGGUUGGACAAGAGGAAGUGGAAAAAGAAAUUGCAUACAUAAUACUGCGUGACUAUCCAACAGACCCUAUCAAAACCCUCAUUGAUUCUGGCGCCACUUCCAAUUUCAUAUCCCCCUCAUUAGUAGAAAAACUCAAAAUUCCAAAAACCCUACUCAAAAACCCACAAGUAGUGAGGAUGCUAGAUGGUACCAUAUCUCAGACUGGUUGCAUAUGGCACCAGGUUCAACUUGCGGUCUUGGCCAAUGGUCACCCCCACACUAUCCCCUUUCUUGUUUGCCCUAUUGGUAGCACCUUGGCAAUCCUUGGCAUGACUUGGCUCACAACUGAAUCCCCCCUUAUUGAUUGGCACCAGGGACUUGUCACAUUCCCCAAACAAGUUCAAAUUGCCUCUGAGGAAGAAGCGGACCCUAAUGCCUUAACAGAUCUCCCUACUCAAUACCACAAGUUUGCUAAGGUAUUUGGUGAAGAGGAAUUCAAGGUCCUCCCUCCACAUAGGGAAUAUGACAUUUCCAUAGACCUUGUUCCGGAUGCCAAGUUAUCCCCAGGCCCUAUAUAUGGCAUGACAGACGCAGAAUCCAAAGCGCUAAAACAACAUAUUGACAAGGAAUUAGCAACAGGCAAGAUCCGCCCUAGUACUUCCUCAGCAGUUGGCGUACGACACCCAGUCAUGUUUGUGAAAAAAGCAGAUGGAUCCCUCAGGCUGGUAGUUGACUACAGGAAGCUGAAUGACGUCACCCACAAAAACGUUUACCCUCUCCCCAGACAAGAUGAUCUUAUGGCAAAGUUAUGGAACGCCAAGCUAUUUACCAAACUGGACUUACAUUGGGGUUACAACAAUGUACGGAUCAAGGAGGGCAAUGAAUGGAAGACAGCCUUUAGAACCAAAUACAGCCUCUUUGAGUACCUGGUUAUGCCCUUUGGCCUGACAAAUGCCCCUGCAGCGUUCCAACACUUCAUGAACAACCUCUUCAGGGAUCUGAUUGACGUAACGGUGGUCAUUUACUUGGACAACAUUCUCAUCUUCUCAGAAAACCCAAAAGAUCACCCGGCUCACGUCAAGGAACUGUUCUGCAAGCUAUCAAAGUGCCACUUCCAUGUCACUAUGGUUGAUUACUUGGGCAUUGUCAUCUCCCCUGCUGGGUUCUCCAUGGACCAAAAGAAGAUUGAGGCAGUUAUGUCAUGGCCUCAACCCAGAAUGGUUAAACAGGUCCAGGCUUUCUUAGGAAAGGAGAACCCUUGGUCUUGGGGCAAUCUCAAAGAAGCAGCAUUCCAGGAUUUGAAGUCCCUUGUAACCAAGUCCCCAGUGCUCAUUCACUCAAACCCUGAAUUGCCUUACUACCUUGAAACUGACGCUUCUGGAGUAGCUAUGGGAGCAAUACUCAGCCAACAAGGCUCAGAUAAUUGGCUGCACCCCAUUGCCUAUAUGUCUAAGUUGUUCUCAGGGGCAGAAGCUAACUAUGACACCCACAACAAGGAGCUCCUGGCCAUCAUCAAGGCAUUGGAAGAAUGGAGGACAUUCCUGGAGGCAACAGAUAAGCCCAUACAGGUGUUUACGGACCAUAGAAACCUGGAAUAUUGGAUGCAGGCAUGGACUUUUAACUGCAGACAUGCACAAUGGCAUAUCUUCCUGAGUGACUUCAACUUUGAAAUCCACUAUUGCCCAGGAAAGCAAUCAGGGAAACCAGAUGCCCUAUCCAGACGCUUGGACUAUGUUGAUACACCACCAGAACCAGAGGUCAUGUUACCAUCCAAAGUAUUUGCCAAUACGUCCAAGGAAGAACUUGAGGUUGUCACGGAAAUCCGGAACAGACUAAGGGAGGACCCAUCCCUAGAACCCAUUAUCCAAUUCCUGUCAGAGGAUGCGGACCAUGCACCUCCCUUGAUUUGGAAAGCUUACAGGGACUACAAUUGGGAAGAAGACCUCCUAUGGUACCACGGAAAGCUAGUUGUCCCAGACUCAGAAACCCUGAAAGAACAACUUCUGAAGGAAUUCCAUGACUCCCCACUGGCAGGCCACCCGGGACAACAGCAAACCCUGGAGUUACUAAGCAGAAACUACUGGUGGCCAGGAAUGAAAUCCUCAGCCAAAGAAUGGGUUGAGUGCUGCCCCAUAUGCCAAGCCAAUUGCCGUGCCCAUGCCCCUGUUAUUGCUCUGAAACCGCUGGAAGUCCCACCGUUCCCUUUCCAUACCAUAUCCUAUGACUUUGUCACGGGAUUCCCCAAGUCACAGGGCCACAACGCCAUCUUGGUGGUCAUAGACUCCUUCUCCAAAUUUGGCCACUUCAUCCCCACCUCCAAGAAGGUGACAGCAAAAGGAUUAGCAGAACUAUUUGUCACCCGCAUUUGGAAACUCCAUGGGCUACCGGUCAAGACUAUCUCAGACAGAGGUACCAUGUUCACAGGAAAAUUCCUCAGGGCCCUCUACCAAAGAUUAGGAGUCAAACUGUUGUUCUCCUCAGCCUACCACCCAGAAUCAGAUGAGCAAACGGAGCAGGUAAACCAGUUUAUUGAAUUCUACCUCCGUUCCUACGUAGCUGCGGAUCAUUCAGAUUGGACCACAUGGUUGCCCUUGGCAGAAUACGCCUACAAUAAUGCCAAGCACGCCUCUACAGGGAAGACUCCCUUUGAAUUGGUUUACCAAAGAAACCCAGUAAUGAACCCAUCCAAUGUACCAUCCAACGUCCCAGAAGCAGAUCAGGUAGCAGACACACUAGCACAAGAAUGGAAAGAAGCCAAGUCAGCCCUCAGGAUUAGCAAAGAACAAAUGACUAGGAAUCAAGGAGUGAUACCGGAGUACCAAAUAGGCAAGAAGGUUUGGUUAGAUGGGAGGAACAUGGAACUCAGGACCAAUUCCAACAAACUAGACCCCAAGCAACUAGGCCCUUUCAAAGUCACAGAAAAAGUGUCAAGCCACGCUUACCGCCUUAAAUUACCAGAAUCCUUGAAAAUCCAUGACGUGUUCUACGUGGGAUUGCUGUCCAAAAGCCACAAAUCCCCAAGUCAGCCCUUCCCAGAACGCCCCCCACCUGAAACAAUAGAAGGGGAGGAAGAAUACAAAGUUGAACAGAUCAUUGACUCCAAGCAACAACGGGGAAAAUGGUUUUACUUGAUAAAAUGGAAGGGUUACAGACCAGAGGACAAUUCCUGGGAACCAGAAGAACUGUUGGAACACGGCCAAGAAGAGAUCAAGCGUUUCAACCAAGCUAGACUCAGAAAGGCUUGUGACGCCGCCAAGAGCCUUUAA